AAUAAACAAAUUAUUAUGACAUCACAGAGGGUGAAGAGGAAGACAGCGACGUGUCGUCAUCGGAUGAAUCCGAUUGGUCGAGUGAGGAGGACGAGGAUGACUCGGUGGAAGGUGGUUUCGAUGACUCAGCAUGUCCACCAGGGUGUGACGAGGCAUUGUUUGAUUCUGCGUUGGUUCUUCGCGAGAAACGACUCGACCUGGAGGAACAAAUCUUGGAGGAGAAGAAACUUGCCGAGACUUUAAAGAAGGACGUCGAUGGCUUGUUGAAGAAAGCUAAAGUGAUGGACGCUCAGCUUAAGACAGCGCUCGCUGAUCUAGAGGCUUUCCAGGUUGAGAAACAAGGCAAGUUGAACGAGCUUGACGUGGUCGUGCCUCUCCGUCUCCACCAAGUGGAACACGUUUACAACGCAGUCGUCCCGUCCGACCUCUCCCAAUGCUUAAUAUUCGCCAACAAUUCACUGAGUGGAUUGCAACGAAGGAUCAAGGAGUUACAACACGAGAAGUCGGAACAAAGGAAACUUUAUAAGGGUGCGCGUCAACAACACGUUCAUCUGAUCAAGAAUCGACGGAGCAUGGAGGAUCGAAUCGAACAAUUGGAGGAGAAGUGCGAACACAUGAUGAUGCUGAAGUUUGGCAGGAUUGUGGAUUUGGACAAACUGGAUUCAGUGACGAUAAACAAGAAUGUUGAAGAACUGAAGGAACAAGUUCGCAGGCAAGAGGUUAAGAAUACAAAGGAGUUGUUGAAGAGACAACGGCGAAUAGACGAGUUACGUGAGCGAAUCACGGAACUAACGAGAGACAACACGAUCAGGUUGGAAAGAUUGAAUGUUCUGGCCAAUGAUAAGGAGGAACUUGAACAAGGGUUGGAUCAUAGACAACGUACCAUGGAAUUGGAGCAGAAAGGCCGCAAGAAAAGUGAGAUUCGUGAACAACACAGACUCGUACAACUUGUACAACUACAAUCACAAGAAAUACAAGCGUUGAAGGAGGAGAUCGGCCUUCUAUCAAGGAAGGGAGGCCACAUAUUACCCCCAGCCCAACCCCCACUUGGACAAGAUACCGAAGUUUUGUAAAACUUUUAUUUAUAAAUAUAUAUCAAGUGUUUAAUAAAGUUAUUCAAGAUUAUCAA